AUGACUGAUAAUGAGUGGAAAUUUUCGCACAAGGUUUACAAGAAUGAUCCUAUCACAUUGAAAAGUUACGUUAAUAAGACCGUUUCGAUUAAAACUAAAGAUGGUCGUAGUUACUCCGGUGUUGUUUACACAAUAGAUCCGGUAUCAGAAAGCUUUAUUUUGGCAAACCCAUCCUGCGACAAACAAAACCUGAAGAUAAUAAUGGGACAUGCGAUUGACAAUAUGGAAGUACACACAAGGACUGAAACAAACGUACUGGAUUUAUUUUUAUCAUCUAGCGAAGAUACGCCAGAAUCUAUUAUUAUGCGGAGAAAAAAUGCUGUCAGAGAAUUACUAUUAGAAAAUCGUUUCCCUGUUACGGAAAAUGGUAAUAUCUUGAACAUUGAAGGAAUACUUUCGAUAGAGCCACCAUAUGAUGAACAACAUUGUUCGAGCACUAAUGAAAUUGUUUUAGUACGAAUACAGGAGCUGAUUUCUAGCGUUGUUGUAUGAUAUCUGAAAUUGAAAAUGCUAUGAUAAAUUGUACUUUUGACAGAACCAAUGAUCAAAAUAAUAAUUGGACAUAUAUGGCUCUGGAUUGUAAAAAAAUUUGAAUGCCUGACUUCUUGAAAGAAGCCUCGUCUCCAACAUUAGCGUAACACUAUUAUAUGUGCUCAUAAUAAUGCAUAAUUAUUAAUAUCAUUUCGAGACAAAAGCAAUUGUGUGAUUUUACCAUUAACAAAAUAAGAGUAUAUACAGGGUUUAACAAAAUUGGCAAUUAUAUAUUGAAAACAAGAUUGGAUUCAUCUCGAUAAGCACAGUCACACAUCAUCAAGCUAAUUCCUGAUUGACGUCCAAUUAUUCGACAUAGUUUCUCUGAUAGAUU